AUGAAUUCUAAGUUGAGACAAAAUGAAGAGUCUGGGAAGACUUGGAGAGGAGAGAGCUGCAUAGUAGAAGCCUCCAGAAGGUGCCCUUCAAAUAGUCAGAAGACCAGCCAAAGAAACCAGAGAGUAAUAGUUCAUGGUGAGCACACAAGAUCAGGGACAGUGCUUCUUCCAACAGUCAGAACGGAGCAUGGCAUGAGUGGGAAGAGCAGUAGCCAUGGCCAGUACCCUGAGAAGUGCUGUCUCCCCUACACUGUCAUCACUGCCCCACACCUGUCUCCUCUCCGCUCUCAACGCCUCGCUCUCGUGGCCUGUCCACCCCAUUCAUCAUCCCGCCGGCCACCACUAAGAACACCUUCCACCAUAGCCACCUCAGCAAGUUCUCACCUGAACAAAAGCAUCAAGCAAAUGUACAUGUCCCUGCCCCAGGGUGAGAAAGUCCAAGCCAUGUAUAUCUGGGUUGAUGGGACCGGCGAAGGGCUGCGCUGCAAGACCCGCACCCUGGACUGCGAGCCCAAGUGUGUGGAAGAAUUACCCGAGUGGAAUUUCAAUGGCUCUAGCACCUUUCAGUCUGAGGGCUCCAACAGUGACAUGUAUCUCAGGCCAGUCGCCAUGUUUCGGGACCCCUUCCGCAAAGAGCCCAACAAGUUGGUGUUCUGUGAAGUUUUCAAGUAUAACCGGAAGCCUGCAGAGACCAAUCUAAGACACACCUGUAAACGGAUAAUGGACAUGGUGAGCAACCAGCACCCCUGGUUUGGAAUGGAACAGGAAUAUACUCUCAUGGGAACAGAUGGACACCCUUUUGGCUGGCCUUCCAAUGGCUUCCCUGGGCCCCAAGGUCCAUACUACUGUGGUGUGGGAGCAGACAAAGCCUAUGGCAGGGACAUCGUGGAGGCUCACUACCGGGCCUGCUUGUAUGCUGGAGUCAAGAUUACAGGAACAAAUGCCGAGGUCAUGCCUGCCCAGUGGGAAUUCCAAAUAGGACCCUGUGAAGGAAUCCGGAUGGGAGAUCAUCUCUGGGUGGCCCGUUUCAUCUUGCAUCGUGUAUGUGAAGACUUCGGGGUGAUAGCAACCUUUGAUCCCAAGCCCAUUCCUGGGAACUGGAACGGUGCCGGCUGCCAUACCAACUUUAGCACCAAGGCCAUGCGGGAGGAGAACGGUCUGAAGUACAUUGAGGAGGCCAUUGAGAAACUAAGCAAGCGGCACCAGUACCACAUUCGCGCCUACGAUCCCAAGGGGGGCCUGGACAAUGCCCGGCGCCUGACUGGAUUCCACGAAACCUCCAACAUCAACGACUUUUCUGCUGGCGUUGCCAACCGCAGUGCCAGCAUCCGCAUUCCCCGGACUGUCGGCCAGGAGAAGAGGGGCUACUUUGAAGACCGUCGCCCUUCUGCCAAUUGUGACCCCUUUGCUGUGACAGAGGCCAUCGUCCGCACUUGCCUUCUCAACGAGACUGGCGAUGAGCCGUUCCAAUACAAGAACUAAGUGGACUAGGCUUUGAGUGAUCCUGAGCCCUUCCUAAUCACCCCACUCCAACUCUUUCCUGUCCCGGCUCUGUCCCCACUGUAACUCAAAGGAUGGAAUAUCAAGGUCUUUUUAUUCCUCGUG